AUGAUUCACGGAACGUUUUACAGUGUGGCUCCAUGUGGUUUCCGGGGUUCACCUGGCUUAAAGCAGGGCUGGCUAACCUGUGUCUGCCCCGAUGUUGCUAGGCUACAGUCAUCCCUGAUCACUGGCUAUGCUGGCUGGAGCCAAUUCGAGCUGGAGAUAGACAAAUCUGCAAAGCCACUAGUUAGCCACCCCGGUUUUAAACAAUUGCAUUUGCAACAGCCCAAAUUUCUUUUUCCUUCACAGCAGAUUCUCGUGACUCCCUGUCAAAAGGUUUCCAUUUCACAAAAAGCACAAGUUCACAUUAAUCACUCUGAGGCUUUCGCUUUUGAUGUUUUACAAACCUGUAGUCAGUGA